AUGGCUAACAAUCAGACGGACGGCUCAUCCGACGACUUCUUGGAACAAAUCUUGGGGUUUCCAUCUUACGCUGCUUCCGACACUAAUUUGGCGGGAACUGCUGCUCCGAUGAUGCUCCAGCUGAGCUCCGGCGACGGCUCGGCUCAUCUUGGCGGCGUUGGAGUUGGUGGUAGUGGUGGUGGGUUUCAUGGAGGAGUGUUUCCCUUAGGGUUGAGUUUGGAACAAGGAAAAGGCGGCUUUGUGAAGAUGGACGAGGCUUCUGGGAGUGGGAAAAGAUUUCGCGACGACGUUGUUGAUAGCAGAGUUUCUUCUUUGAAACCGGGUUUUCAUGGCCAGCCUAUGCCUAGCCCAGUACCUGCAAUGCCGCAUCCGCCUGCAAUGCGUCCCAGGGUGCGGGCAAGACGAGGACAGGCUACGGAUCCACACAGCAUUGCUGAACGAUUGCGUAGAGAAAGAAUAGCAGAACGAAUUAGGGCAUUGCAAGAACUGGUUCCUAGUGUCAAUAAGAGUGAUAGAGCUGCAAUGCUUGAUGAGAUUGUAGACUAUGUGAAGUUCCUGAGGCUUCAAGUGAAGGUAUUAAGCAUGAGUAGACUUGGUGGAGCUGGUGCGGUUGCACCCCUUGUGACAGAUAUGCCAAUAUCAUCAGUGGAGGAGGAAGUCAGUGAAGGUGGAAGAUCCCAACCAGCCUGGGAGAAGUGGUCGAAUGAUGGCACAGAGAAACAGGUGGCUAAACUCAUGGAAGAAAAUGUUGGGGCUGCUAUGCAGCUCCUCCAAUCCAAGGCACUCUGCAUAAUGCCCAUCUCACUUGCUUCGGCAAUAUACCACACACAACCACCAGACACAACCACACUCGUCAAGCCUGAAACAAAUCCCCCUUCAUAA